CGUCAUCACUGCGAGCCGCAACAUUUCACGUCACGGCAAGAAUGCGCGAGGCAAAACAAUGAAACGUGAAGUUUUGCUAACAUUACCCAAAGAGAAAUUAUGAUGCAAACGCAGAAAUUUUAAUGAUAUCAAUGUAACAGGUUUGGUAGCUACGUAUUUUUUCCUUAAGGGGAGACUAAUAUGCGCAAGGUUAGGGAGUACUAGGUUUAGGGAUUACUGUAGUUUUGUUUUUAGGGCGCAAAGUAACGUAUGAAGCAUAGCCUAGCUCGAGUUGAGCGUUGUUUUACUCAACUAUUCCUCUUGCGCUCUGUGGACGUUUCAAGUAAACAUAGUCAAAAAUAUUGGCCGGGUCAGUUUAGUACUCAAAGUGAAAACCACCACCUGGAAACACGUUGUUCCGAUCAACGCAGUGAGGUUCAACUCAACGCAAAACUCCCCGGAUGAAUGAACGCUGAAGGCCUGACCAAUCGCGCUGCUCAAGUGCUUCCGUGGCUAAAAGUUAGCGGGGUGAACUAACGGACCGCUGCUCUUAAUCUAAAGGUCACUUGACUAAAAAUGUUUGGUUCCUCAAGAUCUGGAGGGGUCCGAGGAGGCCAGGACCAGUUCAACUGGGAUGACGUGAAAGUCGAUAAACACAGAGAAAAUUAUCUUGGGAACUCUUUGAAGGCACCAGUAGGACGAUGGCAAAAAGGCAAAGACCUGACAUGGUAUGCAAAAGACAAGAAAGGCAGCGCAGCUUUUUCAAGAGAGGAUGAACUUGCUGCCGUCAAGGCUGCAGAGCACGAGGCACUGAUGGCUGCCCUAGGGCACAAGAAUAUAAAGAGACAGCCAACUGGCCUGACCAAAGAAGACCUUGUAGAUGUUUGCAGGAGGGAAGAGGCUGAUGGUGAGGAGAGAAAUGUGGACCGUGUCUCAGGCUUGGGAAGCUCCAGUGCAGGGUCAAGGAAAAUGGUGCUGUCCCAAAAAGAAAAGGAGGCUGCUAAAAUAGGCUUACCAGUUUUUACACACCACAAGACUGAGGGUCGUCCAGAAACUGCAACAACAAGGACAUCUGAGAAUGUAGGAAAAGGAGAGAUGGAACAACAACAUGAGACCAAAAAGAAAAAGAAAGAAAAAAAGAGCAAAAAGGAGAAGAAGAAGAAGAAGGAAAAAAAGAAGAAAAGGCGAAGAGACACGUCAGAGUCAGAGUCAGAUGACAACAGAAAGAGGCACAGAAAGGACCACCGUCAUCAUAAUCCAUCAUACCAUAGUCAGAGUGGAGCCAGACCCCAAGACAGCCAUUCAAGGAGGGAAGCAAAGGCUGAGCGACAGCCCUCCCACCCCUAUCAUCGACAGCAGUGGCAUGACACAGACUCCUCCGAUGGGGGGUCUCCUGUCUCCCGUAACCCUUCCAGCCACAAGAUGGCCCCUGCUGGUGCAACACAAAGCCACAGGCGGCGCCACGACACAGACUCGGACGACUAAUGUCGUCCCCUGCACCAAAAAAUUCAAAGACGCAUGCUAUGGAGAGAACUCUCCACAGCAGCUCGACUGGCCCUGAAGUCCUCGUUUAACCUGGACAACCAAACAGACUGUGGAUGGAGACAGGGCGAUGUGUCUGACAAACAGGCUUUAGCCUCAUGUUUUAACUUUUCACCCAAUGAUUUGGUGUCUUCCGUGUUAUUUUUGGUUGUGUUUGACAAGUUUUGUAACACAUUCUAUGUGGAUAUACCACCAGUACUUUAUGUAAUGCCAUUGGCAUAUAUAAUUUCAGUUUCUAUUCCAUUAGAUAAAAUAGCUUGCAAAAUAAAAUAAUUUGAAUGGCAUAUAUAAUUAACUUUUAUUCCUAUGUCUUGCCCUGGCGGCUGUUACUACUCAGCUAAUCUUAGAAAUUUAUGUUUAACCCAGAACACUGUUGCCGCAGGAACAGUUAUUGUGUGUCACAAGAUUUUUCCUGGAAACGACUUACCUGACACUCAGUGUCAAACUGAUUUAAUUAUAAUUUUUAUGUAAAUGUGUCUGUUUUAAAGGUAUCAUACGGGAAUAAUGGUCAUGCUUAUAGCUGCGUAGUGAAGCUGAAACUUUUGGAAAGUUGCAGCAAGUUGUUGCCAGCACAAUGUAUCAGUAAACAUCAGUGAUGCAAUGAAAAUAGUUUAAUACAGGACUUUGCAGCUACCUCUUGCAAAAUUAAGACUAAAUUUGAAAAAUCACUUAA